AUGCCUCCCAUACCCUCCCUAGUAUCUUCCCAAUACACCCCCAUCCCGCAAACCGGCACCACACCCAUGGUAAUCUGCUCGCAUUGCCAAACCUUCAAACUGCCUCGAAAUUCUCUCGCCAGAAAAGAAGAACAUCUCCGCAAUUGUGCUGCUUUUGCCCUCUCUCCUCUAGCCACUCAACGAGACGUCAAUGGCAGAACAAUGCUAGAGGACAGUAUAGCAAAAAGGGCUGGACGCACCAAACCGGGCAACUCAAACAAGAGCGAGGAAGAAAGGGAGAUGCUGAGGUUGAGGAGGUUAGGUGCUGUGUUGGCUUAUGGCAAUGUGGGGCCGGAACUUCAGGAGGGGAUUCAAGAUCGUGUUGAACGUAUCCUCAGAGGGGAGAGUUCGAUGAUGAGUGCGAGAAGUGUUUCUGGUGCUGAGAGGGUGUACCCACCUAUUGAUGAUGGCGCUGAUGGUAACGGAGUAGCCGACUUUGGUUCGCCGCCAGGACUCGAUACUCCCAGCGCCGCCACUGCAGGAGCCAGCAAUCAGAGUAUGGCUGCACUUCUCGAGUCGGCGACAAGAGCUACUCCCGCUACCUUGGACAAUUCACGCAAACGACCACUGCCAAACGACUUUCAAGAUACCGUUUCGAGCCGCUAUUCCAUGCCUCCACCUAGCAGAAUCGGCAAUACCACAUCAGAACCAAAGCGGUACAAACAUGCAGAACUGUACCUUGAUGAGGACGAUUUGGCUUUUAUGACUUCAGCUCAGACAGCUAGAGAGGAGAGAUUUGCUGCCUUGGUGGAAAGGUUAGCCAGGCUGGUCCGUCUAAGAGAUAUGCGAUGA